AGAACACUACGCUAUGGAGAGGGGGACUCACACCCAGUCUUGUCGACCCUGAAAACAAAGCAGUGGAGUGUUGGGGAGUGUUUUGUUUCUCAAUAGGCAGAGUCAAACGCCAAACUGUUUCAAAACAUCUUUCUUAACACUCCGUGAGGAAGCGAGCCACUGCUUAGGUUGUUUGUACUUUGUGAGCUCUUGACGUUACUCCUCCCCUUUACACUUGUAAUGGUUUUUCCCUGAGAGGCAGGGCCAUUACGGGGAGAGCAAGAGAAAGAAGUACAACACUGAGGCGAGAACGUGUUUGUUGGAUGUGGAGCUGUUUCCCUAGGCAGCCUGCAGCUGCUUCCUCCGCUGCUCCUAAGAGAAUAGCGCAAAAGACUUAGUCUUACCGGAUCUGCUUCUUGGGAAACGGGAUUCAUCAAAGAAUGUUUAGCUGGACAAAGCCAAAGUUCCUAGAAGGUGAAGAGGAAGAGUCACAUUAGCACAAGAAAAAAAGUUGUCUAUUGACGGUUUCCUCUGUGUUGAAAGAAGUCUCUUACUGCGUGCUCUUGACACUUUUACGCAGCAUUCUGCAUAGUUUGCCUUCUGUUCUGCUUCCUGGUGCCACACUUGGGAUUGGAUUGUGAAAAAAAAUUAGCAAAAAGCAUCAUAAACAGUCAUUCUGGGCUUGAAAAGCAAAACCUGGGGAGAUGGUUGCAUCUGAUCUUUUCUGCCUUUCUGGAUUUUGCAGGAGUGGCAGAAGGGGUCCUGGACUAAGAGUAAACACUGAAAGAAAGAAGGAAGCAAUACUCUUUCUGUUUGUUCUGCUACAUAUUUUGGGUGGUGUAUCGUCUCAGUUAGUACAGCAGUCACCUUGUCCAACGUCUUGUGUGUGCUCUGAAGCGUCUAGGACUGUAAAAUGUGAAAAAAAGGAUCUGAACGUUGUGCCCCAAAACAUACCACCUUAUGUACAGAACCUCACCAUCACUGGCAACAACAUCAGUACCUUGAAUAGAGCAUUCAGACAAGAGCAACCCUUAUCAGAACUUUCAAAUCUUGAUCUUAGUGACAAUCACCUCCAAGAACUGGGAAGCAAUGUUUUCAGCUAUCUACCCAGCCUCACAUAUCUUGACCUCAGCAACAAUGACUUGGGGAUAAUAAGUAACUUAUCAUUCCAAGUAGAUGGAAGUGGCAGUAUCCCACUAAAGGAAUUAAAAAUUAGCAACUCUUUUAAAAAUGAAUUUUUAAUUUCCAUGCUGGCAAAGUCCUUUGAUAUUGGAGCACCACGCAAGCUUGAAAAACUGGAGCUGUCUGGGAACGACAUAUUAUUUCUUCCCAAAGGUAUGUUUAGUCCAUUGCCCAACCUCAGACACAUUAACCUGAGCAAUAACUCCUUGACAAGCUUUUCAGCAGAUAUCUUCAAAGAUCUUAGCCAUCUUGAAACUCUGGAUCUUAGCAACAACGCUCUGAAGCGCUUAAGAAAUGCCACAAGUUUUGAUCUUAUUAGCCAAAAAAAUCUGUUAAUUAAUCUCAAUGAUAACAGCUGGGAGUGUGACUGCAUGAUUGAAGAGUUUUCCAGGUGGCUUAAGGACACCAAGUUGGUGAAAGAGUCAUCCAGUCUGGUGUGUGCUUUCCCAGAGAAUAUGAAGGACAGAGCGAUUGUUGAACUUAAUAUAUCAGAGUUAAAAUGUCCAGAACCGGAUGACAACACCAGCUUGCAAACCUCUUAUGUUUUUUUGGGCAUAGUACUAGCCCUCAUUGGAGUGAUCUUUCUGCUUGUUUUAUAUUUAAACAGGAAAGGGAUUAAAAAAUGGAUUUAUAACAUCAGAGAUGCAUGCAGAGAUCAUAUGGAGGGUUACCAUUACAGAUAUGAAAUAAAUGCGGACCCCAGGUUAACAAAUGUGAGCACAAAUUCAGAUGUAUAGAGACCAAUUUUUUAAAGCCAGAGCAACACUUCAACUAUGCAUGAACCAAACAUAAUGACAGUGCAUCCAAACCCUGUGCUUGCUCUCAUCCUUACUCCCUGCUGGAAAGCAGCAACAAUAAUACAGUGUCUCCACACAGGACCUUUGAAUGCCUCCACCUGACUGUGAAAUUUAUUGCUGCAUUAUAAUUUACUUUGCAUUGUAGACUCUGACUCUCGCAUGCUAAAUAUAAGAGUCCCACUUGGCUCUUUUUUUUCAGUGCUCAUGUUAUGGGAUUAUUCCUGUAAAAGAGAACUCAAAAGCUGGAAUAAGUGCAGCAAAAACUUUUUUUUCUCCUUUCAGAGUUUCUUAAUUAUGACACACACAUGCCAACCUAGUAGAUUACCAUUCAACAACUGCCUCAGAUUUUUUUUGGAGCAAAUGUUUAUGUCUGUAGGUCUGCAGAUCUUUGCAUGUGCAACAUGGGGGCUCUUACAGUAAAUUAGCAUGUACAAGCAUUACGUUCAUUUCAGAAUCUUAUUGGAAAUAUUUACACAGUAAUGCUUUUGCACUGUUUUUUAUAAAGAUAACAAAAUGCAGUUUAUAUCCAAGCAGAUUUUUGGUAAACUGCCCAGAACUUUUAAUAGGAACUAAUUAAAUAAAGGUUAUGUUAAAUUAAUUACUGUCGUGUUGACAUUUUCUGCCAAAUAAUUUUGUACUUUUUUUGUAUUUAGUAAAAUAAAUUGGGAACUUUCUUGUUGAAUACUAGUGAUGCAUAGAGCUACAAUAUCUUAAUGCUUUAUUGUUCUUAUUCAAUAUAUUGCUUACCUGAAUAAAAACAGGAGUCUUAAAGCACAAUACAUGUCAGUAUACACUACCCGAGUGAAAAAUAUUAAGUAAUGAAGAUAUGGCCUCUACCAAAAUAAACUCUAUUUUGCUUUGGAAUAACAGAUGUUCAAUUUUUUUUGAAAGCCCAAAAAUAUUUUUUAACUAUUGCUUUUGAACAUUAUUUAUUAAAUGCUCUUCAUGUCAGUAUACUGAAUGCUGAGCUAAGGGAAUUCCUGAUUUACAAACAGUUCUUUUAAGUUUUGUAUUUGAUUAGACAUUUAUAAUGAAUUCUUACUACUUUAUUCUGUAAUUCUGAAACUCACCCUAAAUAGUCCAAUAUGCAUGAGUAACAACAUUUUAAAAAAAUGGCACAAACUAUGCAAAUGUGUGUGCAUGCUUCUGUGUAUUUUAAUGUAAUAAAUGUAGUGUGGAAUCAUAUCUGCAGUACAGUUUAAUUUAGAGUAUGUUAGAAAAAGCAUAUGUUCUCAACCCUUGUCAAUAAAAUGUAUGACUAGAUUGAUUAAUUGUA